AUGACGUCAUCGCCGAUCAACGAACAAGCGCUCGGCUUUGCUGCAGCCAACUACCGUAACCCUUCGUCGCUGACCAGCACUACCACUCCGUAUUUCCCGGCUUUCCCAACGACGUAUGGCGCAGAUUUUUCGGCCUACAUGGCCGCACAAACGGCUCAAAGCACUGCCUGGUAUGGAGGAGUAUCUCUUCCAUGUGGCAUUGAUCCGAGUCGAGCCGCCGCUCACGGAAUCCAUCUCCCGUUGGGACAAAGAAGGAAAAGGAGAGUGCUCUUCUCACAAGCACAGGUCUACGAGCUAGAGCGACGCUUUAAACAAGCAAAAUAUUUGACAGCGCCCGAGAGAGAGCAAUUGGCUCACGGGAUUCACUUGACACCGACACAGGUAAAAAUUUGGUUUCAAAAUCAUCGCUACAAAUGUAAACGACAGGAGAAAGAAAAGGCAAUGACUGAGGGUCGACCUCCUCGAGAGGACACAGCCACACCGCAAAGUCCACCACCGGAAAUUGAUAGUAAAUCUUCGCCACCCGCUGUUGCUGGUGGUUCAAAAACGGCAUUAGAGUCACUGGCCGAGAUGAAAGCUCCACAAUUGUAUACGGCUGGAAUGCACCCUGGGGCCGUCUACGGUCAACCAUUCGCUUUCGCUUUUCCCUCGUAUCCCACCCCAUACUAUGGACAAAUGCGACCACCAGGAGCCUGG